CAGUCAUUCAGUCCUCAGCCGGCGAGCAAAAAGGAACGAUACAAGCUCCUACACUAUCCUAUCAAAAUGUGUGACGAAGAUGUUGCUGCGUUGGUUAUUGACAACGGCUCCGGCAUGUGUAAAGCCGGGUUCGCCGGUGAUGAUGCCCCAAGAGCUGUUUUUCCCUCCAUCGUGGGUCGUCCCCGUCAUCAGGGUGUGAUGGUCGGUAUGGGACAGAAAGACAGCUACGUCGGUGACGAGGCUCAGUCCAAGAGAGGUAUCCUCACCCUCAAGUACCCCAUCGAGCACGGAAUCGUCACCAACUGGGACGACAUGGAAAAGAUCUGGCAUCACACCUUCUACAACGAACUCCGUGUGGCACCAGAGGAACCCGUUCUCCUGACAGAGGCUCCCCUCAAUCCAAAAGCCAACCGUGAAAAGAUGACCCAGAUCAUGUUCGAGACUUUCAACUCUCCAGCUAUGUAUGUGGCCAUCCAGGCUGUUCUGUCUCUGUACGCUUCUGGUCGUACGACAGGUAUUGUGUUGGACUCUGGUGAUGGUGUCACUCACACUGUUCCCAUCUAUGAAGGCUACGCCCUUCCCCACGCCAUAAUGAGACUGGACCUUGCUGGCCGUGAUCUCACUGAUUACCUGAUGAAGAUCCUGACUGAGCGUGGUUACUCCUUCACAACCACCGCUGAGAGAGAAAUCGUCAGGGACAUCAAAGAAAAGUUAGCUUACAUUGCUUUAGACUUUGAGCAGGAAAUGCAGACUGCUGCCUCUUCCUCUUCAUUAGAGAAGAGCUACGAGCUUCCCGAUGGUCAGGUCAUCACUAUUGGCAACGAGAGGUUCCGUUGUCCAGAGGCCCUCUUCCAGCCAUCCUUCUUGGGUAUGGAAUCAGCCGGUAUCCACGAAACAACAUACAACUCCAUCAUGAAGUGUGAUGUUGAUAUCCGUAAGGACUUGUAUGCAAACACUGUACUCUCAGGAGGAAGCACCAUGUUUCCAGGGGUCGCCGACAGAAUGCAGAAGGAGAUCACAGCCCUUGCUCCACCAACAAUGAAGAUCAAGGUCAUCGCUCCUCCAGAGAGAAAAUACUCCGUCUGGAUCGGUGGCUCCAUCCUUGCCUCUCUGUCCACCUUCCAGCAGAUGUGGAUUAGCAAACAGGAGUACGAUGAGUCCGGCCCAUCCAUUGUACACAGGAAGUGUUUUUAGUGACUGACAGUGUAUACAAUUUAAGCCGACACUUUUAAUCAUUGAGAAGGCUACUAUUUGUCAUUGUUCUCCUCAUCGUUUGAACUGUUUAAAUGACAAAAUACUUCUCACCAGGGCUGCUGAUAAUGGCUUGAAUCUUUGUGUAUUGGUCGCACAUUGUCUUUCUCUUUGGGCAUUGAUACUUUUCGUUGUGAAUUAAAUGUUUUUUUACUCUC